AUGAACAAAAAAGAGGGUUUCAAUGGCGCUUUUCUCAACCCGGAUCGGGCCAUCUUUGCGCCUAAUUUUCGCCAACCCUCUGGUGGCUGUUUUCAUUCGCUCGGAAGUGCAAAUGAGCAGCAGAGAAACGCCACUUUUGCCUGCUUCAAUGCCGUUAGCUCUGGGAAUGGGUCGGAUCGAACGGUGAUGAUACAAGGACCUCCGGGCACUGGAAAGACGCACACACUGGUGGCCAUCGUGGAAAGUCUUCUUCUGAACACGAAUGCUUUCACCUCGACUCCUAAUCGCAUUCUCAUCUGCACGCCUUCCAAUGGAGCUAUUGAUGCGAUUGCCAUGCGCCUACUAAAGCGCUAUGGGUCAUUUCUGAAUCUAAUUCGCAUCGGCAACUUUGAGAAGGUGCACCCAGAUGUGGCCCACUGUCACUUUGAUAUGCUGGUCAGCAAGGCGUUGAAGCCGCAUGAAAAGUUUGAAGAGGAGAGGAAGCUGCUGACCCAGGCUAAUGUGAUUCUCAGCACGCUAAACAGCGUUCAGUCUAUCUGCAUGAACAUGUUUCGAAGCUCCAUUUCGCACGAUAUCUCGUACACCUUCAAGAAGGACAGGUUUUCUGGGCCGCCUCAACCGGCCUUUCGCUGCGUCAUCAUCGACGAGGCCGGCCAGUCGACGGAGCCGGAGCUGCUGAUGCCGCUCGUCUACCCGACCAGCAAGUUGAUACUGAUUGGCGACCACCUGCAGCUGCCCGCCACCGUCAUCUCCAACCUCGCCCAAGGCAAAGGCUUCGGCCGGUCGAUGUUUGAGCGCUUCUUUCACCACUUUGAGACUUCAAACUUGCCAAACCCGGUGAUCACCCUGCAGUGCCAGUACCGAAUGCACGCGGAGAUUUGCGCCUUUCCCUCGCUGCACUUUUACAGCAAUCAACUGCAGACGCCUCUGGGAACGGGGGAGAAUGAGCGAGUCCCCCUUGAUCCAUACCUGGUCUUCAACGUGGCCAACACCAAGGAGGCGAAAACGGCCAAGACGGCUCGAGCCAGCACUUACAAUGUCCAAGAGGCGGUCUUUGUCUGCCGCCUUGUCGCCGCCAUCUUUUCCAAACUAGGCUACGAGGAUCUGGGCAAGGAAAAAACGCCUCAAUCCCUGGAUGGCCUCACCAUCGGAAUCAUAACGUUUUACCGUGGCCAGAAGGAGGAGCUCACCAGACGGCUGACGACUCUGCUCGGCGGCAAGCAGCUGCCUGACUACAUUGACGUGAACACCGUGGACGCCUUCCAAGGGCAGGAGCGGAACAUUGUCAUCCUCAGCUGUGUCCGUGCCUUUGACGGCUCUCGAGGCACGGUGGGCUUUGUCAAGUCGCAGCAACGCAUGAAUGUGGCGCUGACGCGCGCCAAAUCGGCACUUUACGUCGCCAUCAAGGCGGACAGCUUCCUCCAGGCGCCCAACUGGGCUGAGCUUCUCGCUGACGCUACUAAGCGGAACCGCCUUCUGUGGNCUGACUACAUUGACGUGAACACCGUGGACGCCUUCCAAGGGCAGGAGCGGAACAUUGUCAUCCUCAGCUGUGUCCGUGCCUUUGACGGCUCUCGAGGCACGGUGGGCUUUGUCAAGUCGCAGCAACGCAUGAAUGUGGCGCUGACGCGCGCCAAAUCGGCACUUUACGUCGCCAUCAAGGCGGACAGCUUCCUCCAGGCGCCCAACUGGGCUGAGCUUCUCGCUGACGCUACUGAACGGAACCGCCUUCUGCGCGUGAAGUCCAAAGAGACCAAGGCUCAACUUGAACGUAUGAUCUCACUUGUGGACUAG